AUGGCGAAGGCAGUGAAGGCAGUGAAGGCAGCGAAGGCAGUGAAGGCAGUGAAGACAGCGAAGGCAGCGAAGGCAGUGAAGGCAGUGAAGACAGCGAAGGCAGUGAAGACAGCGAAGGCAGCUUUACCGGAUCUUUCAAAUUUGUAUGAAGAAGUGUUCAAUAAAUUCCAUGCAUUAGAGAGUCGACAGAUUGGAGAAGAGGAGGAAGAAAUAGAGGAGCAAAAUAAUAUCGCAUCUGAGGAUGCUAUUUCUUCCAAAGGAGAGAUCAUCAACAGUGAUAACGAAGAGAUUCUGUCACCUCCCACCGAACCAAGAAAACUAUCAAAGAGACAAUUCAAACAGAAAUAUCAUGCUCCAUUAUCAAUACUCAAAGCAGAAGUGAGUCGACCUGAGAUAGUUGAGUGGGUGGAUGCGGAUGCACCGGAUCCUCGACUACUUCUAUAUAUUAAGGUACAGCAUAAUAUUAUGCCUAUUCCGAAUCAUUGGGAGACAAACAAGGGAUUCUUGGGAUCUAAGAGAACAUCUUUAGAAAUGGCACCGUUUGAACUACCAAAGUUCAUACGAGAUACCGGAAUAUUGGAGAUGAGAGACACGACAGGAGAAAAUGACGAGAGCAGCUUGAAGCAGAGAAUGAGAGAAAGAGUUCAGCCAAAGAUGGGACAGCUUGAUAUGGACUUUAGCAAAUUGUACGAUGCCUUUUUCAAGUACCAGACGAAACCUGUGCUUCUUGGAUACGGCGAACUCUAUAGUGGAGAGCUAGAUGAUCGAAGCAGUGUUCGUGAGAGACGAAUGGCCAAGUAUCGUCCCGGAAAGCUUAGUAAAAAGCUUAAGGAGGCAUUGGGAAUGGAUUCUGGUUCUUCAGUACCACCAUGGAUUAGACGUAUGAGAAUGCUAGGUUCUCCUCCAAGUUACCCUUAUAUGAGAUUGGAUGAAGAAGGAAAUGUCAUUGAAGAGAAGGGACAAAGCCUGGGGGAUCCUGAAGAAAGGAUUUUGUAUGGAGCUAUUCAGGCUGAGGAGAGUGACGACAGCGAAGACGAGGAUGACGAAGAUGACGACGAAGCCGAUGACGACGGUGAUGACAAUGACAAAGCUCAGCCAGAUACCAUACUAGAAGAGUACGGAGAUCACAAAGACACAGAUACAAGUACGGUUAAAUCAAGUACGGCCAAAUCAACUACGGCCAAAUCAACUACUGAGGAACAACCAGAUAGUACUCCUAAGAAAUUAUAUACAGUUUUACGCGAGACCCAGUCAGGAGAGCAUGACAGUAUGUUUGGAUCAGAAGCUUUAGCAUAUGAAUUAGGAGAAAGCGGGAAACGUGGGAGUGAGGAAGAACCACGAAUUCAAACCAAGAAAGCUAGAAUAGACAACAAGUCCAGGCUUUAG